AUGCACUUUCUGCCUCGGACACUCAUAGUCUCUACAGUCUACGACGCCGUCACCGAAUCGACGCCUCCACCCUGCCCUACCUCGUCCUUCCAACAAACGCCCCUGUCCAUCAACACAGGCAGCUUCGCGAACUCGACCGAGCACCGCAAACACGUAGAUGAUGUGCUGAAGGAGGAGCUGGGAUACCUGUACGUUGGCAUACCCGGUUUCUUCAAGGCGUUUUUCGAAGACGUGCCAGGGCUAAGACCGGCGGCAGAGGCCGUGUUCAAGAAGUGCAAGGAGGGGGAAAGCCCGCUCUAUCAGGUGGAGAGCGGCUGGCAGGGCUGGCCUGAAGGGGCAAAGGAAAAGGACGUUCUGAGCUGGUUCGCGCCGCUUAUAGACCAGCUUCUGGACUUUGCGGAAGAGCAUAUGCCGGGAUCCCAUGGUCGACGGCGACCGUUGGCACAGCCCCAUCGACCCUUGCAAGGCUCCGCUGCCGAUCGCAAGCUGGAUAUUGGCUUUGUGGACGAUCCGAACGCCGGCGUGGACUCGAAGUGCCGCUGGUCACAGAUCCUCAUACCUGGAGAGCUCAAGAGCAACCCGCUGGCCGACAAAGCGUCCAAGGCGUGGCUUGACCUCGGCCGAUACGCGAGGGAGGUGCUCGCUGCUCAAGACAGCCGCCGCUUCGUUCUUGGCUUCACUCUCUGUGGACCCUUUAUGCGGCUGUGGGAGUUUGACCGACUUGGAGGCAUCGCCUCCGAGCAAUUCGACGUCAAUGAAGAUGGACUGCAGUUUGUGUCUGCAAUGCUUGGGUUUCUUUGGAUGAACGAGGAGCAGCUGGGGUUCGACCCGACGAUCAUUACAGUUGGAGACAAGCGGUACAUUGAGAUCGAGCGGAACAAUGGCAAAGAGCGCCUCGUCAUUGACAGGGUCAUAAAGAGGGUGCCUUGCGUCGCUGGUCGAGCAACAACCUGCUGGAAAGUUUAUCAAGAAGAAGAUCCUGGCACGCCGCUCGUUGUCAAGGAUUCAUGGCAGUAUCCGGAGCGCGAAGAGGAAGGCGAACUGCUACGCGCGGCGACUGAGAAGGGGGUGGUGAACGUUGCAAGGUACUUCCACCACGAGACGGUUCGUGUAGGUGGUCAAGAUGACGACAUCCGCGCAAACGUACGGAAAGGCCUGGACGUAACGAAGGCGACGAACUACAAGCCAGAGAAAGCGAUGCUGCCACCGAGCACGACCGGACGCCGGACCUCGCGAAGGGAUGGAAGCAACAACCUCAUCGGGCGAAAACGAUCCUCGAGUUGUACAGACGCACCUUUGCCGCCUAGCAAGCGCACUUGCUCGAGCUCUCCAGUGAAACGUGCUGUCUCGAAUCGGGUACACCGCCGUGUCAUCGUCAGCGACUACGGGAAGGCUAUCUACAAAGCAAGCUCCCAGAUCAGUCUGCUGGCUGCAUUCGAACAAUGCAUCGAAGGGUAUGAGUCGUUGCAUACACGAGCAGGCAUGCUUCAACGCGACAUAUCGCUAAACAAUCUCAUGGUGAACGAGGAUAACGAUAACCCCUCCUGGCCCGCGUUUUUGAUCGAUCUCGAUCUUGCCAUCAAAGAACAGCGCGAAAAGUCUUCAGGCGCUUGGGGAUGUGCCUAG